CUGGGCUCAGCUUAGCUGCUGAGCUUAGCCCCAGUGUCAGGGCCCUGAUGUGGCUGGGGCAAUAGCCUGACUUGUCCCCGUGAGUCAGGGCUUGAACCUGACCCUUGCACUGCCAUAGUGGCUGGCUGGUGCUCCGCCCCCUCCCAAGAAGCCAUGCUGGCAAGUGCCCAGAUGGUGGCGGGGAGAUCACCUCCUUGGGGUUUGCAAUUAAGGGGUGGAGAAUCAGGGUUGACCAGGGUUCUCUAAAGCAAGAACCAUAGAAAGGAAUGUGGAUUCAUUUAACAGCGCAAAGACUCAUUCCAGAUAAUGACAUGGACCUGGGAACUCUCCAGAACAACAUCAACAGCACCUUGGAUAAUGCUUAUGAGGACGACCUGGCCUCCGAUCACACGAGGAUGCUUUCUAACGGUGUCCCUCUCAGCAAUGGUGAACAGGGCAAGAUUCUGACCCAGGGUGACGUUGUCAAGCGCUCUCAGCCCCUGUUCAUCCAAGCCAAUAGAAAAAUGGUGGUGGGAGAGCCACGUGCCUUAUCUUUGCCAUCUAUCCCAAAUCCUUUCCCAGAGCUCUGCAGCCCCUCCAACUCACCCAUCCUCAGCAGCAGUUCACUGGGUCCAGGCUCACAGCGAGAAGGUGGCUCUCAUGUGGUGAAGGUCUACAGCGAAGAUGGAACUUGCCGCUCACUGGAAGUCACGGCAGGAACCACGGCUCGCCAUGUCUGUGAGAUGCUGGUGGAGAAGACCCAUGCCUUGCAUGAUGAUUGCUGGUCCCUGGUAGAAGUCUACCAGCACUUGGCUCUAGACCGGAGCCUGGAGGACCAUGAAUCCGUGGUGGAGGUUCAGGCCACAUGGCCUGUGGGUGGUGACAGCAGGUUUGUCUUCCGGAAGAACUAUGCCAAGUAUGUGCUGUUCAAGAACUCACCGCAGUCGCUGUUCCCUGAAGUCAUGAUCUCCAGCUGCCUGGAUGCAUCCAACAAGGGCAUGUCCCACUCCGAACUCGUACAGAAUGUGCUAAAUUCAGGAAGCUGCCCUGAAAUCCAAGGGUUCUUGCACCUGAAGGAAGUUGACCGAAAAGUAUGGAAACGAUUUUACUUUACCCUCCGACGUUCUGGGCUCUAUUAUUCAACGAAAGGCACAUCAAAAGACCCCCGGCAUCUGCGGUAUUGCGCCGACAUCAAUGAAUCCAACAUCUACUACAUCACCCAAGAAAAAAAGCAGUACAGCGCCCCCACUGAAUAUGGUUUCUGCAUCAAGCCAUGCAAGGCACGCAGUGGGGCAAAAGGUUUGAAGCUCUUCUGUUGCGAGGACGAGCAAAGUCGCACAUGCUGGAUGGCUGCCUUCCGUCUCUUUAAGUAUGGCAUACAACUCUACAGGAACUACCAGCAAUGUCAGGCACGGGAGAAGGAAGCAGCCUGGACUGGCACUGCACCCCUGCGCAGUGUGUCCGAUAACACUCUGGUGGCCAUGGACUUCUCAGGUUGCACAGGCCGAGUGAUUGAGAACCCCAACGAGGCAUUGACUGUUGCACUGGAGGAAGCUCAGGCCUGGAGGAAGAAGACAACUCACCGAUACAGCCAGCCCACCCCUUUCCAGAGCUGUCCACUCAGUGCUGCCAUCCACAGAACCCAGCCAUGGUUCCAUGGACACAUUUCUAGAGAAGACACCCAGCGCCUUAUAAUCCAGCAGGGACUGGUGGAUGGGGUGUUCCUGGUGCGGGAGAGCCAGCGCAACCCCAAGGGCUUUGUCUUGUCACUCUGUCACUUGCAGAAGGUGAAGCACUACCUUAUACUUCCGAGCGAGGAAGAGGGACGCCUGUACUACACGAUGGACGAUGGGCAGACUCGCUUUGCUGACCUGAUCCAGCUGGUGGAGUUUCACCAGAUAAACCGUGGCAUCCUGCCUUGCAAGCUGAAGCACUACUGCACAGGUGUGACCUUGUGACAGGCUGUCUCCUUGACUGGUUUGCCCCAUACCUCACCCUAUGGCUGGCUCAGCCCAGCAGUGGGGAGGAGAGCUGGGGAACAGGCCAUUUUCAACUCUGUACUCCUGGAACAACUCCAGACUUUGAACCACUCUAUGCAACUGCAUUUGCCGCAAGUGACCAAGGAAAGACCCAGUGUGAUUCGUCGAUUCAGCUGCCGAUGAAGAAACUUUGAUUUCUUAGCAGAGUUGAGGAUGGAUGUGAGAUAACUGUGCUAGCAUCUUCCUAGAGGAGAGGGACUGUCUUCGUUGGUCUGCAGCUUUUCCUGUGCCCAGCAAGAGGGAAACCUUAUCCAUCUUCAGAGCUGUGUGUCUGCUCCCAUCUCAAGCUUCUAAGAGAUUUUGCUGCUUCCAUUCCUGAAUCCCUACCCACCCCUCUACACUGAUUCCAGAAUUCCAAUAUUUCAGAAGUUGUUUCUGGCAUGUUUCCAAGUUCUUAUUGUUUCAAAGUCUUGAUUGAUCAGAGACAAGUUAGGACAACAUAAAUCUGGGAUGCACAUCGUGGGAACUGAUUUCUCCACAAGCUGCUUUCAGUUCUCUUUAAGAAAAAAAUGUGGGCUUCUGUCUAUGGUAGACAAGGAACGAAUCCCUUUUUUGCUUUCCUUUCUUUUCUGGUAGCUGGCACCCGAGUUUAGUCAAGUGAUGCUGCCCCAUAGGUGGCAGGCUGCAGUGGGGGGGGGGGCGGCUGUCAGACAGGAGCUCGGGAGACUGGUCUGAAGUCUUCCCACAGUAAGAGGAAUAAUUGGGAUGACAGACUGUUUGACCAGAUCAGGGGAAAUUAAUGGGCUGCCUGAGAAUCACCCAGGAAGCCGGGGUAAGCCUGAGAACUCUCUGGGUGGUUCUCCACAAGGAAAUGUAGCAGAGCUCAAGCCCAAGGAACAUUGUUUUCAGCCCCAGUGCCUUCCCACACACACUGGUGCUGUUACAUCUAAGCAUCCAAGCAAGG